CACAGACAGGCUCCUUUACAGGAUAAGUGCAAAGAUUUGACACGACUUCCCUACACACAUUUUCACUCUUUGUACAAAGCAGACUGGGGCUUCCUGCAGUACUUACUGAUAUUAUCUACUUCUGUUUCUCCAAUAAUAAGGGACAGAACGGCCAGACGUUUCAUUCUCAUCUCUUUAUUGUGGAUGUUCCAGAGAUUUCUCAUGUAUCAAUGUCCUGUAGUCUAAUGACUUGCCCAUAUGGCUCUGUACUGGCUCACUAAUGGCUUAUGUUUGCUGCUUCAGCAUUCCUCUCUGUUACGUGGGUUGCCAUUGGCAUUGGACUCAGUGCGCUGACUCAAUAGGCCACACAUACAAAGCAAUGCUCAGUGUACUUAAUAGGCUGUGUAUAUACUGCACAUCUAAUUAGAAAUAAAUGCCAUAUAAACCUCACUCAUCAAAAGGGGACACUUCCCCUUUAAGAGCAGGAAACAGAGGUGACUUCCACCUGGGGAUGUGACCGUUGGUUCAGUCCGUUGGUUGUCACUUUGGUGAGAGACAUCGGGCUACAGCGCGUUACCUGCGAUUUUUGUGAUUUUUUUGCAAGAUCUGCAAGUUUGCUGCUCAUUGUCAUCAGAGCAUUUUUUGGCUUCCCCCUAGUUUGAUAUAAUCCAUCCUUAUCAGAACUAGUUUUUUGGGAUAGCCAGGGUCUCCUCAGGGAGACCCCUUGGGGUACCCGGCCUUGUGCCGGUCCCUUUUUUUUUCAUCCAGAAGCGACAACAUCUUCAACUUCUGCGUUUUUUUGAAAGACGACUGAAACAUCAUGGACCGCUCCCUAGAGAUGGAGGCGGUUUUGUUGACCCGGAAGAACUUCAGGGAGGAGGAGGAGACAGACAUCGAGAGUCUCCUCUAUUUUUAUGAACAUCACUACAGGAGAGAGUUCGGGAAGAUCGACGACUUAGCCAACUUCCUGAUCCGAUAUGCAGCCACCCACCAGUACCUGACUAGGGCGAACCUCGUCUACUUCAUCUACGUGGUCAUGAAUCAGGAACAACUGGAUAAGAUUGUGGCUGAUUUCCAGCUGCCGGAAUCACCUCUCAGAGACAUCAAAAUGGAUCCAGAGGAGGUUGCUGAAGCCUUGAAAGCUUUAAGAUCAAUAUCGGAGGGCAUGGAGAGAAAACUCCUCGAGAAGGAGAAGGAGCUGGAAGAAGCUGCCAUGACCAGUCAACAGGAAAAAGUGGAGGAAGAUCACCUGCAGGAAAAGGAGAACCAUCGGGAGGAGCAAGAAGAGGUGGAACACCAUGAAGAGGAACAAGAGGAGCAAAAGAAAGAUCAAGAUGAAGAUGUUCCUGCUGAAAAGAAAGAGGAUAUGGAAGAACUGGAGAAGGAGGUUCCUCCAGAACAGCAAGAGGAGGAGAUGGAACAAGAGGAGCAAAAAAAGGAGCAAGACGAAGAUGGUCCUGCUGAAAAGAAAGAGGAUAUGGAAGAACUGGAGAAGGAGGUUCCUACAGAACAGCAAGAGGAGGAGAUGGAACUGGAGGAACAAGAGGAGCAAAAGAAGGAACAAGAUGAAGAUAUUCCUGCUGAAAAGAAAGAGGAUAUGGAAGAACUGGAGAAGGAGGUUCCUCCAGAACAGCAAAAGGAGGAGAUGGAACUGGAGGGACAAGAGCAGCAAAAGCAGGAACAAGAGGAAGAUGUUCCUGCUGAACAGCAAGAAGAGGCAGAAGAACAGAAGAAAGUGGUUCCUCUUGAACAGCAAGAAGACAUGGAAGAACUGGAGAAAGAAGAGGUGAUAGAAGUGGAGGAAGAAGAGGAACAAAAGCAGGAACAAGAAGAAGAUGUUCCUGCUGAACACCAAGAAAAGGGGGAAGAACUGGAGAUAGAUAUUCCUGCCGAAAUUAAAGAAGAGGUGAUAGAACUGGAGGAACAAGAGGAGCAAAAGAAGGAACAAGAUGAAGAUAUUCCUGCUGAAAAGAAAGAGGAUAUGGAAGAACUGGAGAAGGAGGUUCCUCCAGAACAGCAAAAGGAGGAGAUGGAACUGGAGGGACAAGAGCAGCAAAAGCAGGAACAAGAGGAAGAUGUUCCUGCUGAACAGCAAGAAGAGGCAGAAGAACAGAAGAAAGUGGUUCCUCUUGAACAGCAAGAAGACAUGGAAGAACUGGAGAAAGAAGAGGUGAUAGAAGUGGAGGAAGAAGAGGAACAAAAGCAGGAACAAGAAGAAGAUGUUCCUGCUGAACACCAAGAAAAGGGGGAAGAACUGGAGAUAGAUAUUCCUGCCGAAAUUAAAGAAGAGGUGAUAGAACUGGAGGAACAAGAGCAGAAAAAGCAUGAUCUAGAAGAAGUUCCUGCUGAGCAAAAACAGCAGCAGCCAACCCGGAGAAGAAGGGUUUCAAUCAGGCUCCAGAGGAUCUGGCGUUCCACCAAGAAGUUCUUCCGAGGGAUAAACUGUCGUCGCCCCACUCCUGCGCCGUAAAUACUUUGCACCCACACUGGAACCCACACAAGCAUUCACACAUACACUUACACACGCACCCUCCCUUCCACACACACAUAUUAAAUGAAUCAUUCAGUAUUA